AUGUACAACGGCAUUGGCCUACGCACGGUACGCGGUUCGGGCACGAAUGGCUACGUCCAGCGCAAUCUUAGCCACGUGGACGCCUCGCGCACGCGGCAGGCGCUGAAGAUGAACAGGAUGGGAGGAAGUUUGGGGGGCUAUGAUGCACACGGAGGCAGCAAGAAUCGGCCACCUCCGAACGCGGACAUUUUGCUGCACGAAAAGAAGCGCAAGGUGGAGCUUCAGCUACUGGAGCUGACUCUCGAGAUGGAGGAACGCGGGUGCGAGCCUGAGGAUAUUCAGGAAAAGGUCAAGCGAGAACGCGAGCGGCUCUUGGCGCGAUUGAAUGGCGAAGACAGAGGACGAGAGAACGCGAAGGAUGUUGAGAGCUCGCACGCUCGACAGAAACGCAAGGAUGAAGAUAACAGGAGGAUUAAGAACGCGUUUGGCAUUGCCUCAGACUAUGUGGCAGGGGAAAGCUUUGAUCCAGAGAAGAAGGAGAGGCGCCGGCAAGAGAGAAAGGAGAGGAUCGAACAGGAGUGGAAAGAGAGAGAGGAAGCCCGAAAGCUACGAAUCAAAGAUAGGGAAGAGAAGGAUGUCGAGAUGAAGCCCAGACUUGAACGACCACGUUCCAGCUUCAUCGCGCUCUCGCUCGCGCAAUCGUUCCACGUCUCGUGUCCGUCGACGCAGCAGUCCUCGAGGAAGCCGUCGAAGUCCAUGUCGUAG